CAAAAAAAAAUGAUUAUCUUUUCAAUUGCUAUAAAAUAUCGAGGUAUCUCUACUUUUUCUGACACUUCUUGAAUUUAGAUGGCGCUACUCAUCGUUGUUCUAAGGCAUUUAUUCUAAGUCUAUUACUAGUCAUAUAGGACACAAAAACUACUUAAAGUUAGGUGGCCACAAAACUAUUAUAAACUGUACAACAUAAUAAAAAUAAGACAAUAUUAUAUAGUCAAGAAGAGAGAAAUUCAUAAGGUCAAAAGGUAUUACAACUCACCAAGGUUACGCACACAACAGGGCUGGCAAGCCAAUUAGAGUCUGUGGCAAUCACGUCAAGCCUGAUAAAAUAACAAAAACUGUCAGGUAUCCCUUUGUCAAUCUACAUUUGUGCCCUUCAAUUCAUGGGUAAAGUAAUCAUUUUUUCUAAAAUAGAUCUUGCUUAUGGAUAUCAGAUGAAAACAAAGAAGCGAGACAAAGCUAAGACCGCUCUAGUCACAGUCAACAGUUCAUACGUGUUUAAUCUCAUGAGUUUCGGUCUGAGAGACCCACCUGCAUACAAGAUAACAGUCGUACCUGGAUAUAGUCAUACCGUCGGUAGGGCCAAAUCCUAUGACUAUAUUCAGGUGUGACUGUAGCAAACUUCUCUCUGUUGUCUGUUCCAGUAGCAUUAAGGUAUGCAAUGCAAUUCACAUCGUCGAUUUAUUAUACAUAAAGAAAAAGUAGAUAUGGUAUAGCAGGAGUCGAACCUAUAUAUUUUCAACUAUCUGAAAUGCUCUGCCUUUGAGUCAUAUACCAAUCCACAUUUAAGCAUAAAAAACUAAACAAACAAAGAUAGAGUUACUUUGUUUGGGAAUUUUUAGGAGAUGAAGUCACAGGGAUGAUCACCCAGCAAUCAAGUGAAUUCAACCGCUAUCAAGCGACUGACUUGAAAAAUUAACUUAUAUCCAUUGAACUUCGCCCGGUAUCG